GCGAGGCCUAAUUCUCCAUGCUGUUAGCACACAUGGAAUAAUGCCUGCUGUUAGCCUGGGCUUUAGCUAGCGUCAAUGCAAAACAAAUCACUAACACUGCAUAUUAUCUUCUGCAUGCUGUCUGCGAGGCCAUAAUCUAAAGAAGCGGUACUAUAUUUGGAGAAUUGCAGGCAAAAUGAGCUCGCUGUGUGUUUCCUGAAGCGGCGAGAGCUGUAACUUUAUCCGCGUUUACCCCUGCUGCUGUGUCUCCUGUAGUGUGACAGUGCUUUCAGACCAGCUGAGAUGUCAGGAAUUAAACGGAAACUGGAGGAUAAAGAUCCAGACUAUGAAGACAUCACCCAAGUGCAGCAGAGCAAGAGGAGUAAAGUGCUUGAACAGAAUGCACGUGAUGCUACAAUACAGAAGAUUGAAGCGAUUAUCAGAGACCAGUUUGCCCUGGAGAUGAAGAACAAGGAACAUGAGAUUGAUGUCAUUGGCCAGCGUCUAAACGAGGCAAGGAGGAUGAUGGACAAGUUGAGAGCCUGCAUUGUGGCCAGUUACUACACCAAUGCGGGCCUGAUGAAAGUUUCUGAGUCCUCAAUGAGUGAUUUUAAUCAUCCAGCUAUCAAGCGCUUCCUGGAGUCCCCGUCACGCUCAUCGUCUCCUUUAAACCAGGGUUCAGAGGCACACUCUGUAGGCCACUCAGAGACCGAGUCCCUGAGCCAGCCAACAGAGCCAGGAGAGAGAGACAGUCAGGGUUGGAAAGAGGAUGAGCUCAGGCAGCUGGAGCGCAGACCGGGACGCAAUACAGGCAAGGACACAUUUGGUGUGCCAUCAUCUGUAGACCAUCACAUCACAUUCCACACUACGGGAGAAGAGGCAUCACGACUCUAUGUGAAGAAAACCAUUGUUGUGGGCAACGUUUCAAAGUACAUAGCUCCUGAUAAAAGAGAAGAGAAUGACCAGUCCACUCAUAAGUGGAUGGUAUAUGUCAGAGGUUCAAGGAAGGAGCCCAGCAUUGACCAUUUUGUGAAGAAGGUUUGGUUUUUCCUGCACCCCAGCUAUAAACCCAAUGACCUGGUGGAGGUCAGUGAACCCCCAUUUCAUCUGACACGGCGGGGCUGGGGUGAGUUUCCUGUGCGUGUACAGAUUCAUUUUAAAGACCAGAGGAACAAACGCAUUGAUAUCAUCCAUAAUCUGAAGCUGGACAGGACAUACACAGGACUGCAGACUCUUGGAGCAGAGACGGUGGUAGAUGUUGAGUUACACAGAAACUCCCUGGGUGAGGACUUCAUCCCAUUCCCAUCUUCCUUCUCCUCAUCAUCAUCUUCCUCCUCUCACCUGGCAAGUACAGCUGCCCCUGGUACAUUGACUGGAAAAUUCUCAAGUCAGAAUUCCCAGAAUUCCUGCCGUGCGGUGUCACCCUCUCAGCUGUCUCCUGACUCUAACUCAGAGAAAGGUGUGAAGAGCGAGACUGUGCGAUCAUCAUGUUCUGAGCGAACUGGGUCACAAGCCAAAGGUGUGGAGAAAAUUACCCAGGGCUUUCAUAGCAGCUCAGCAUUUCAGCCAAUCACAGCCAGCUGCAAGAUCAUGCCCCAUGGACAGACACCCAGUCCUGCAGAAUCACCUGGGAAAUCCUUUCAGCCAAUCACCAUGAGUUGCAAAAUUGUUUCUGGCUCCCCUAUUUCUACCCCUAGUCACUCUCCCCUGUCUAGAACACCCACCUCUACCCCUGUACACAUGAAGGCCAGCUCAUCUGUCAACAACCCUUACCUCAUCGCAGACAAGCCAGGUCAGGUGAUGAGCAUGACCACACCCACUACAGGAAGUCCAUCCGCCAAACAGAGUGGCACUGCACAGGGUGCGCGCUCACCGGCUCCGAAAGUCCACUCGGGCAGCUUCCUCUCGUCUGGAGUCAAGGUGAUCAUUAAGCAGGAGCCAGGAGAAGUGACUACAUCGACCACUUCACAGCAGCAGCCUGGAUCCACAGCACCAGCGCAGCAGCAGCAGCAGCAGUAUGUGACUAUGAAAGGAGGACACAUGAUUGCUGUGUCACCCCAGAAAAGUGGGGUGGGGUCAGGAGGUGGAGCCACACCUACCAAGAUGGUGGGGAUUCCUGUUGGCUCUGCCCUGCAGUCUGCAGUAAAGCAGGUGGCCAUUAGCAGCGGGCAAAUCCUGGUUGCAAAGUCAAGCCCUGCUGUCUCCAAGGUAAUGGGGCAGAAGCAGGUGGUGGCGCAGGGUGUGGCUAAAGCAAUUGUCAGUGGGGGCGGAACAGGUACCAGCAGUGGGGUGUGUGUACAGCAGGUGCACUCUGGUGCCAAAUCGACAGGAGGAUCAGGAGGCAGUGGCAAGGGUGGAGUAAUGGCAACGCUACAGUUACCGGUGAAUAACUUGGCUAAUUUGGCCAACCUGCCUCCAGGCACCAAGCUGUACCUGACCACGAACAGCAAAAACCCAUCAGGCAAGGGCAAACUCUUGCUCAUCCCACAGGGAGCCAUCCUGAGAGCCUCAAAUAGCGCAGGGCACCAGUCUCAGAGUUCUUCAUCUGGUUCUGCUCAGUCAUCCGGCAGCAGCUCUGGAUCAAGCAGCCUGCCCACCAGCCUGUCCUGCACCUCAUACAUACUGAAACAGACCCCACAGGGCACAUUUCUAGUAAGUCAACCAGGGGGUUCCGGGAAACAGAGCACAGCCAGUUCCACAGGUCAUGCCGCAUCUAGUCCCACCUCCGUUACACAGCAGGCCAUUCGUGUUACAGCAGGACAGAAGGCGGCCAUCUUGGCUCAGGUGGUUGGUGGCUCCCAGGGCUCUCAGGUAAAGCUGUCUGAUGGAUCGGUGAAGACGGUGACUGCUGCACACCUGUCCAAACCAGGCAGUACCACUUUGAGGAUGACUGGGGGGCUCAUCACAGCCACUACUUCAAGUUCACCUGCUGCUACCUCCAGUUCACAGCAGACAGCAGAGGUUGCUGGAGUGUCCUCUACUUCCUCAGGUACUAAAGCAGCUGCACAGCACUCUGUACUGAUGGCAGCCAAUCAGGCUGCAGUAAUCAGUGCUGCAAAGAGCGCUAGCUCAGCAGCUAACGUAGCAAAAAACACAGGCGCUGUUGUAUCGGUGUCAAAAAGUAUCAACAUGCCGCUUAUCAGCCUGUCAAAGGGGGCGGGGACAACGGUAGUGAGUGUACCCAAGAGUGCCAGUCCCUCAUUGGUCAGUGCUGCAUCUUUAAUGGGAGGAGCUACUGUCAGUGGGAAGACGGCGGCUGCAAUUUCAGGCAUGUUGAAGCUACAUUCUGGGCAGUCAGGCUCACAGCAGACAGUGCUCACGAUUCCAGCUAACCAGCUUAAGCAGCUCAGCAUCAGUGGAGCAUCCACAGGGCUCCAGACCAUCCUAAUGCCGGUGGGAAAAGUAGUGCAAUCUGGCCCUAAAUCUGCAUCCAGUGCUCAGAGUGGAGUUUCACCUUCUUCUACUGCACCUCUAGCUCAAGUGAAGACAGAACCGGGAUUGUCCAGCUCCUGCACUACCCCAGUAACGCCCACAUCUACCCCUUUAUCUGCAGUAUCUACCCCCCUGCCCACAGCCACCUCUGCUACUGUUAAACUUGAACAGGGCGCAGAAACCACGACACAUGAGCUUGUGAAUACGGAACAUAUUGAAACCAUGUUGCAACUUUUGACAGCUGCAGUGAAGAAAUUUCCAUUGAUUGUCCCAGAAAAAACUGAAGAUUCCCACCCCUUCUGUGCUACCUCUGUGGAGCAGUACUAUUCCUGGAACAUCGGAAAACGCAGAGCCGCAGAGCUCCAGAGGGCAGUAACAGUGAAACGUCUAGUUCAGGAUAUUUUAGACAGGAACCCACGACUGCAAGCCCUCAGCCCACCUAAAACCAGGGAAGUGGUCCAGUGGUGCCGUCUCCGUGGGUACACACCCCCUGACCCUGAACCCCAGCGAAUAGAGGAGGACUCCAUAGAAGACAUUCUCACACAGAUAGACAGUGAGCCAGAGUGUCCUUCUACUCUGACGGAUGGUGAAGAACUGUGUCAGCGUCUUGAGCAGUUGCAGAGGAUAUUGAAAACUGAGCCAGAAGAGGAAGACACAGAGCCUGUAGACAUUGUUGCUGUUGAAGAGGUCCAAAGCAGAAGGGUCAAGGUUAAGCAGGAGCAGGAGGAGGCAGAGGACGAGCCCAAAUUCUUUCUGGGGUUAUGUCCAUCUUCCCAGUUUAUCAGAGACACAGCAGAGCAGAUUGGUGUGAGUUUCCAGCCAGUUGAAGUGGAGAGGAAUGUCUUUGCUCCAGUAGUGGAAGCCAUGAUUCUCAAGGCCACACAACAGUUUGCCAGCGAGAUACUGAGAGAAUCACUAGCAAAUGCCUAUGGGAAGUCACCUCAAAACAGGGUUCCCAGAGAAAUCUCAGCCAUGAACAUACACCAGGCUGUCGGCUCAAUACCCACCUGCGAUUUCCUCAGUAACAGGUACAUGGGGUUCCUGCUGAAAGACGGUGGCCAAGACUGACAGUGGAUUUGGACUUCCAGAGCUGCAACAAUAAACUUACAUACAGAUGCACAGAUUACUGGCAUGCCUACUGUAACCUUCCAGCAGUGAAUCAGUGUGAAACGUACAGAGGUUAACCAUUCCGACACGGACGUCGCAUUAACAGGCGAAGACGUGUUUGGAUGGAGUGAACCGGAUGUGUCGAACCCUCUGAUGGUUAAAGAUCAGAACAGGAGUUAUCACUGUCGAGUUUAACAAGAUCUGAACCUGUUCAAACCGUCUUUCUCUAUGUUACAGUAUUUUGUUUGGCUUUCAACAUUAUCACAGUCAGACCUAGACUGCACUUGGUAACACUAUCCAGCUCUGUACUGCAUCUGGUCCUGUGUGACUGUUUCUCUGGCUGUUAGACCUACACAAGCAGAGCAGGGGAAAUUCCCUCAAAGUGUUAAAUGGGUUUCAAAGCAGAGGCACUCGAAAUACACUCCAUGGACCUGCUAUGUUUGUCUAGUUAGUUAGUCUUAAUCUCAUCUUCAUUUCACUGUUUUCUACAGAGACGGUUUUAGUGCAUUUCUGAGUAGAGACUGCAGAGUAGCAAUACUAGUGAUACAGAAUGGUUAUGGUAGUGGUAUCACUGUUGUACUUACGUAUUCACUGGUCUUAAUCUGUGGCUUACUGUUGUAGGAGAAUCCACAGUUAACCAGGAGUCCAGUAAUCACAUGGUGUGUUGUGAGAGUCUCUACCAUUCACUGUUUGUUUUGGGAGCACUGGGCAGCUGACAUUAGAAUGCUGGUUGGGUUUGCUUUUUGUCUAUUGUUGUGGUCUAUAAAGUCUUGACCAUCAUCUUCAGAUUAAAACAUUGCAGGAUGUGUGUUUAGGAGUUGAUGAAUUAUACAGUGAAGAGAAAAUUCCAGUGUUGUAAAAAAAUGUAUUUUGUGACAUUUGCUAAAGCAUUUGUUUUGUUAUGAAGAUGGCUGGUACUUGCUAAGUCUUAAUAUUCAGGUGCUUUUAUGUCAUUGUAUACACAAGCUUUUCUCGCACCUUGUCCUACUGUAUCUCAGCAUUGUAUGGUUUUGUGUGAUCAAACACACCUUGCUAGUUAGUCACUAUAUACGCUAUGCUGGAGAUAGAACAAAGCUAAAUAAAGCAGCAGUUAUCUUUCUAUCACCAGAAUGGCAGUUAUGUGUUCAGGAGGAAAGAUUCUGGGUGCAGAUGGCUCAUUUGUGCAGAAGGUGGUGUUGAGUUUUUUUAGAAGAGUGCAGUGUUUUGUAGGAUGAAAUUUAGCCAAACGUGAUUAUGAAACUAAUAUGGCAGUUAAUGGACUCGGAUGUGCCUGGCGAAUUCUCUUGGCUUUCAUUCCAUUUUUGUUAACUUAAAUAGCAUUUUAGUCUAAGCAGUUAACGUCAGCAUUACGGUUGCCUGUGACAGCUGAUACAUCGGAGUGCAAAUUUGCAUCGCUUUAGGAAAAAAGGGUGAAGUAAAAAAAAACUGAAUAGGAUCUCGGUUCAGAGGUUUGCAGCUCUCUUUCUGAAUGUGAUAAAAAGAAUUGUAAGAACCUCUGUACCCACCCUCCUUUAGAACUACCUCCAGUCUCUCAUAUACUCUAACAGGAUGUUGAAUCGUCUAAUAUUUACCCCACCGCUCUUCCUGAGUGUCCAAUCCUUGCCCAUUUCUCCUUGACACAUCUGUUAUGAACUCUGCCACAUGUCAGACACUGCCUUGUUCAGGUGGGUACACUGCGAAGAUCAUGGCAAAAUGUAGACUUAUUGCCUUUGGUUCUUUUCAGGUUUUCUGUUGAUGUAUUGUCUUGUUACAGAAUACACUCAUUUCAUUUUUUUUUUUUAACCUUUUUGCACUCAACUAUAUCAUAUUCUACAUUCUUCAAUGUAGAAGUAUUGAACCAGCAAUGCGUCUGUCCAGUGUGUCCAUGUAUUUGUAUAUGUAUGUCUAAUUAUUGGAGUGUGUGGGUGCCAAGGUUUGUUUGCUCUGUGACAGUUGUAUAUUUUUGUGUAUGCACGUGCUCUGUGCACGAACAGACUUAACUAAACAGUCAUUACCUGUUUAAACAAUCUUAAUGUAUUGUAGACAUACAUGACCAAUUAUAUUUUGCCUUGUUAUGUAACUAAAAUAAUGACUAUUCUUGUAUUAAAAUGGUAGAUACGCCACUAAAAGUUUACUGAGAUACUGUA